UAAAUAUUAAAAAAUAGCAUAAGCAAUAUAAUAAAAUUUAUAUAACAAGAAGUAAUAAUAAAAUAAAUUUGUGAUAGUGAGUGAAUAUAUGCAAAGGAUGUUUUCUGCUAAUGAAAAUAAUGGAAAAAAUUUUGUCAGCAUUGUUUUUAAUGGAAAAUUUUGUUCAUAUUUACUAAUUAACACGUUAAAAUAAUUAUUAUAUAUAUAUUUUUAUUUCCUUUAAAUUAUUGUUCAACCUCUUGACUGAAAGUGUUGUAUGCAAACGGCAUGGCCGCCGUAAAAGUCUACUCUGUUCUUUUAAUAACGCGACGAAGUGCAUUUCUUUUCAAGACUUAACUUAUACUAUAUUUCUGAUUUUCCAUCAAUAAUAACUGCAACAACGUUCCUUAUUUGACCAAAAAUUAAACAAACAAAAAAUAAAAAAAUAAAUUAAGCUUUUUUUUUAUACAAAUUUUAUAAAAUAAAAAUAACGUUAAAUGCAGUCAUGGCUUCCAGUUGGCGUUACGGCAAACGUAGUAAAUAUCGUGCCAAAGUUUCACAAGACCCCGAAGAUUAUUAUCGUUUGGAUCCAAAGAAAUCCGUUGCAGAGAAUGCUUAUGAUAUUUAUACGACUUUGUGUUGUCGUGAGACACGCGAUACGAAACGUCUCUUUCUACUCAACGGCUUGGCUGCACUAUGCCAACAACAACAAAAACAGCACAGACAGCCACCACCAGCACAGACAUCAACAACAGUUGCGGCAACAAUAAUAGCAACAACAACGGUGGCGACAGCUUCGCAGGCGGUGGCAAAAAGUAAUUUAGGAUUUACCACGGAAGAGUUACUCUACUGUCUGAGUGCCUCACUGAUUCACACAUUUACCCAAGUACGGGCGGCUGCUUUGCGGACGAUACGCUACGUCUUGGCCACUACGGAUGAUAUCAAAAUAUUUAAUUCAAUGCAAUUACCAUAUUUGUUAUGUCGAUCCAUUGAUUUGAUGUUGAAAAACGAUGACGAGCGAGUACAGGCAUUGAAAUUGAUACGCAAAAUGCUGGCCAUCUCAGCCAUUGAUAUUAGUGCAGUAGUUGUGCGAUGUUUAGUUUCGUUGGCGGAUACUGGCAUUGAAGAGAAUGAUAACUUAUUAAGGGCCUGUCUGGCUACAUUGUGUGAAUUCGCUGUUCUAAAUCCCUCAUUGCUCAUUUGUUGUGGUGGUGUAACAUCCAUAACACGAAACGUGCUCGAGUGUCAUAAUCCCCGUAUAGCAGAAAGCUUAAGUGGCGUACUACUCUAUCUAUUGGAAUGGCCACAAACACGUAAUAUAUGCGGUGUACGCUUGGAUUGUUUAGCGGCACCAUAUUGCGAUUUUACCUAUCGUUUAGGGAUAAUGGACAAAAAUAAAGAUGCACGGGAAUUACGUUAUACGAGUUGUCGUUUGGCUUUGUUAUCGGUAUUACGUAGCUGGAUUGGGACCAUUGAAUUCUGUGAUCCAAGCAAACAAUCAGGUUUAAAAGCAAUAGUCGAUGCUUUAUUUUUAAAUCAAAUUGAAGUGAGAAAAGCAAUAUUGGAAUUGUUAUAUGAAUUAUUAAGUCUUCCACAACCUACUUGGACUGAUGAUUAUUCAGUGGCCUUACAGGCCAUUGAUCCAUCUGACUUUCAGGACAAUUGGCUUUUAAACAAUGGUUUCGUAGCGGCAGAGGGGCGCAGUAUAUUGCCAAGUUUAGCUUCUCGAGCUCCAAACGUUUGUGAACAACAGUUAGCCUUGCAAUUGUUUUGUUUCCUUGAAACUGGUCUCCUUAAUGCCUUAGUAGAGGUUAUUAUAGCAGGCGAAGCAACUGUAUCAGUGGCAGCCACAAUAUUAAUAGGAAAAAUUUUGCAUUUGAUGCACACGCACUUACCGCCUGACAUUUGCAGUACCAGUCCAGCAUUGCCUUUAUUAAUUUCGCAUGGUGCCCGGGAUAACCGUUAUGCUAGUGCUGCCAUUGCUACCCUACAGCAUUACCAGAAAAUGAUGCGCAAUCGGCCGGCUUCGAAUAGUCUCUUUUUGGAUAGCAUUAUACAAGAAGGCUCCCUUGUACAUACCCGCCUAUUUAGACGUGAAAUUAAUGCUCAGGAUUUAUCAUUGACGUUAAGUCAACAAUCACCAUCUACAGCGGCCGGCGGUCUUAACACGACCGUUAUGUCAUUAGAAAGGACUCAUUUGGAUUCGGUAUCCUCAAGUGAGGAAUCGAAUUCGCAAUCCUCGUCAGCGCGUCGUUCAAGUUUUCGUUUAAAAUGCAAGUUUCUACCGUUUUUGGAAAAUAUUAAAGUAAAUCGUUUAAUUAAAGAUUCGAAAGUUUUUCAAAUGCCAGAUAGUAUGGGUUGGGAUUGGGAAGUCAUAAGCACUAUCUUAAGGUCUAAUCUAAUACGUAAAAUGGAUGAUACUAUUGCAAAGUUCCUUAAAGCUCUUGUUGAAUAUUUCAAACCAAGUAAUAAUUUAUUUUCUCAUCAAGAACUAGUACCGGGACGUUCCUUGCCAACUUACGUAACAGUGGGUUUAGAUUUAAUUGAUUGGCUUUUAGCAAGUCAUUCGUUGGAAAGCAUGCGUUUAUUAACGGACUUUUUUUCGGAUGUCGCACAACAUUUAUUGGCUAUAACGACAUCAAAUCGUGCACACGACUGCCUCUUUAGUCCGCAGCAUGUUAACAACACUAUGUGUCAGCAGUAUUUUUUAUAUAUUGGACGCAUGUGCCGCGUGCAAAAGGGUAUCAGUAUUCUAACCAAUACCGCCGUAUUCGAACACCUUGUUAAUUUGGUACGAAAUACCGACCACGUGUGUUAUGUGAAAUUAAUAGUUUCGGGUUUAGAUUAUACAAUGGAUUCGGUUACACGUAAAGUUUUAGAAAACGCUUUAACGUCUGCCAAAGCCCGUAGCGGUCGAUUAUACGCCACGCAGUUUCUGAUGGUUUUACUUAGAGCUCGAAUUCCCAAUUUUGAAGAAUGGGGUAUACCCAUGAUUAUACAACAAACUAAGGAUCCAGAUCGCAGUGUGGUUUUAGCUGCCAUGGAAGUUUUAGAGGAAGCUUGCCAUGAAAAGUAUUACUUAGAGGAAAUUGUUAGUCUGUGGCCGAACUUGAAGCCGUUGGGUGAUGUAGGGCGUUUGCUAAUGGCUCGUUACUAUUCAAUUUCCCGUGGUUUGAAUCAACUUAAAGCAAAAAUCAAGGAAGAAAUUGAGUACUGGAGAAACGGUUACAACAAAAGAUAUGUUUUGCUUGUUGAUGCUGAUACACAUUCCAGUUUGACAUUGCACGUGCGUAAUGAAGAUGGUUAUUAUAGCAGACGUAACUGUAAUACUCGACCCGUUAUUGUACCACCAAAUAUACCUCCUCAUUUAUAUGGACAAAUGGUUCAGACGACCCAGGGCACUACAGCUUUACGUAAAUUUGGCGAUUUACCUCAAUUGAUCGAUAUAAUCGAUCAGGCCAAAUGUACGGAUGAACGAGAAUGUUUAGAAUUGAAAGCGGCUAUAUGGGCUGUAGGUCAUGCGUCAACUCAUUCAAAUGGUAUCGAGUACUUUUUGGAUACAGAUCAAAGAAUAUACGAGAAAUUGAUUAUAUUGGCCACUAAUUGUGAAGUCUAUUCUAUACGAGCUACUUGCUUUAAUGCGUUAGGACUUAUCAGUUGCACUAAUGCAGGUGCUAAUGUAUUAUUUAAAUUAAAUUGGCUUAGCGUGCGUCAUGAUCGUAAUACUAUUUGGCCAGUUCAUCAACCUGAAGACUGGAUAGCGGGUAAUUUUACACCCGUUAGGCAUCACUGCGUUGACAUGCCCCCAUAUAAUUACACGGGUAUGCAAGAUCAAAUUGAUAGUUCUUGUUAUGUGGGUAGCAAUUGGAAUUUGCUGUUAAGCAGUAGCAGUACCGCACGUGAUCCCAUGACAGGCGAAGCCAGCGCUAGUUCUGAAGCUCAAGACGCUAAUACAACCACGGAUAGUAUUAAGACGUCCGGAGAAGAGAUGUCUUUUAAGCAAGGCUCAGCUGGUGCAAGCGGUAGUGGUACUAAUACUAGUGGCAGUAUAAUACCUGCCUCAGCAAAAUCGAAGACUUUACCCGAGGGAUCUUAUCCGCGUCAUGCAAAACAUCAACGUUCCUUAUCUGAAUCAAAGACUACUGACGUUAUAAGUUUAAUAAGUGGAUCCGGUGCUGCAACUGGAACUGCAGGUGGUAUGAUAACAUCAUUCAGUACGCACUAUUCUUAUCGUACGCGGUACAAUUCCUAUACUGAUUCAAAUACAUCAGGAGUAAGCAGCUGUGAAUCAGUUACUGGCAGAGCAGUAACUGUGGGGGAACAACAAAAAUUUCCUUUAACUCCAAUACCAAGUAUGUCGAAUCUUCAAGAAAUACCUUUAGGCCGAUCGUCUUUGAUGAAACGCAGAAUUGGUCCGGCGGAUGUUAAGGGUUACGCACAAUUUCGGUCCUUACGCCGUCAUUGUCGGCCGGUAUUAUCCGAAUCGGCAGCUGAACUCUAUGAUAUAGUCGAUCGCAUAGAUUUAUUAUCGUUUGCUUCCUUUAGACCUCGUAAGUCAUCGUUUGGAGACUCGCAAAGAAAAAUGAAAGUCCGGAGUUUAGAUCGUCAAACAUCCCUGCGCAUGUAUGCACAAUUCGAUUCGGAAGAAUUGCAAGUGCCAUUACCAACAUUAAAUACUCCGAAAUUUUUAUCUCAAAAUGAUUCCAAAGGUCCUUGCUACGCUGGAAUUAGUCUUCCGAAAAAUAUUUUGGAUCUGUUUCCUCGUCGUAAUCUCUCCCGUACUUACGUGUCACAGGACAUACGGGAUCAAGAUCUAAUAGAUGUUAAUCUGCUUACUGCCAAACAACAGUUCCUCAAUGAUUCUAUCAACAAUGAAGCUGGUGAUGAAUCGUCAGUUAUAUCGUCGCUCUCCGACGUUUCGUCAGUGAGUAAACGUUCUAAGUGGACUGGUGCUAAACAUGGACGUAAUAAUUGUUUGCACUGUUCACGACUUAGACGUUCUUAUAGGCAAAAUAGUCAACGGUUGGUUGGUGAUAUCUCCGCUAAUGCAGUUAUCUGUGAGUUGAACGCAAAUGCUUUUGUUGCGUUGACAAACACGGGUGCGCACGCUGCAGAGAGCAUACCAAAUAAAACAGAAAGUGGUAUAAGCGUUGCUGUUGUCUGUAGCGGAAAAAAUGCUUCCCAUCCAAUUCAAUCAACUACGGUUUCAUCGGUUCAAUUAUUUGACGUGGGACAAUUUCAGUCGCCCGAAAGCAUGCUGAGUGAGGAGAGUUUGCCGGACAAGUUAACUGCCAAUAUUUUGUAUAAUGUGCAACGUUUAGCUAAUCCAGUGAGCGCGAAACAAUCGAAAAUGGCUUUACUAGAAUUAAAACAAAAGCAUCCCGCGUCUUUUCAAGACAUUUGUCUUUAUUCUGAAGUUUGCAAAACUCUUGGCCGUUGGAGUUAUCGCAUGAAUGCGCGGAGAUUUUUACAAGAACUCUUCCUAGACCUUGAUUUUGAGUCAUUUCACAAUGAAUCACUUGAGAUAAUAGCUAGAAAAGAAAAAGAAUUCAAAAAAGAGGAGCAAAGAAUAGUAGAUUUAAGUGUAGAAGGUAGCAGCAGACAUAUUGUAUCAUGUGAAGUGCAUAAAGCGACGGGAUUGAAUAAAAAUGAAACUUCUUUAAGUGAAUUAAAUAGUAGCGGCGGUGCAUGUAAAACAACUGCCAGAGAAGUACUACCGGGCAUUAGUAGUAGUAACACCAAUUCUUCAUCCUCCUCUUCUAAUUUUAGUAAUCAGCCGUUAAAACCUCAUUUGAAAAGUCAACCUCUGGCCAGUGUUUAUGAAGCUAGCUGUGAAAAUUUACAUUCGGAUCCAUCGCCCCGUCUUAAGACAACAGCGAGUACUACUAGUGCCAAAGUCUUGCAUUUAUUGCCGAAUUGUAAAAAUUUCGCUGUGGCUCCGCCACCAGCAGCGCCGCCUCCCGUACACGAAUUUAAUAAAGAAUUGCGAAUUACCUCAGAUGACGACGAUGACGAUACAUCUGAAAAUAGUGGACGGUUGCCUUUUCCUAAUCGCUCAACAAAGUUUGAAUGGGAUGAGGUUGAUGGAUUAGAUACAAAUUCUUCAUCAACGUUCAAUCCCAUCUCUGAUGCACACUGCCAACCUGAGCUAAAUAGUCCUUCAUACACUAACUACUCUAUUGCACAAACCACACCUCUGCUGCACACCACUUCCGGUGUUAUUACUACUCCAAUCGGCAGCAGUAAUUGUAGCGAUAAAACUACAACUAGUAAUCAUAGCAGCAUAUGCACCGUUAGCCAACAUCCUAUUAAUAGCAAAUUAAAUUCCAGCACUUCAUUCACAUCACCACCUGGCAACAAACCCAUCGAAAACGAAAACAAGAAAUACACGAGAGGACGAUUUUACACUUUAGAAUUGGAUUUGAGUUUUGCAAAGAAUAAGUUUCCCAUAACCCAUCGUACACGUACAAAUAUUGGCAUCGCGAUAAAUAGCGAUAAACAAUUAACUCAUACCAGCACGAACGCCAAUACUAAUAACACUAACAACAAUAAUAAAUUAUCAAAUUCACUAAUCAUAACGACAGCGGCGACAUGUAAAAGUAACUCGCCCCUGAAAGUCACAAAUCCACCUACUAUUUUAAGGCAAGGUUCCUUUGGCACUACCAUCAAUUAUCAUCCGCUUACGUCUAGACAAUCUUAUACGGCAGGCAUUACCCCCGUGACCAAUGAAGUUAUUGCUUCGUCUGAGGCAAGUUCAAACUUUCCGCUAACAAUUACAAAAAGUUUAGCUGCAUCUCUGGCGCAACCGAUUGGCAAACUGUAUUGUGAAAAACGUUUACAAUCCUCAAAAUCAGAAGUUAUUUUAAAUCAAGUACCCUCUGUGAUUACGAUAGCCUCAUCAUCAUCAUCAUCGGUAACAACAACAACAAACAAUCAUACAACUUCUCUAACGCGAGUAACAGGUAAUGCGAUUAAUAGUGGUAUCGGUGGUGGUGAUGUUGACAAUGAUAAUCGCAACGACGUCACGGAUAUUCAUAAGAUUAAUGUCACCACCACUACAACAAUGACUACGACAACACCACCAUCAAGUAUUUUUGAUGCGAGUAAGCAAUCGUAAAAAAUAAUUGUAAAAUAUUUAUUAAAUAUACCGCAAGC